UGUCUUUGGAAGGUAAUGGGCCUUUCGCGAUAAGGAGCUUGACUGUUAGGCUUCCCUGCGUAUGUCACCCCACCCAAGUCACUAAGGUACGAUCUUUUUUUUUUUUUCUUUUUUUUUUUAUUAACAAAAAAGAAACACCUUUUUAAUCAUAAAAUCUCAAACCUUUUUUCUCUAAUCAUUUCUCUUUAUCUCUUUCUUGCUCUCUCUCUCUCUCUCUCUCUCUGGCUCCAUGACCUCUCUUGCUUCUUCACCUUCAUCAAACUCUUCUCUAGCUACAAGGCCAUGACGAAACAACCUAAGCCGUGUAGUUUCCUCUUCCACAUCUCUCUACUCUCUGCGUUGUUUGUUUUCCUUCUCAUUUCUUUUGCUUUUACGACUUCUUACAAGCUUAAAUCCGGCAUUAAUAGUUUAGGCCAUAAGAGAAUUCUAGCAAGUAAUUUUGAUUUUACUCCGUUUCUCAAGAAUAAAGAUCGCACUCAACGGCAACGUCAAAGUCCAAGCCUGACUGUAAAAGAAAACGGUUUCUGGUACAAUGAUGAGGAACGGGUGGUACCUAGCGGUCCAAACCCUUUGCAUCACUAGCUAAAAGGUUUUUGACUUGUUUCAAUAGAUUUUUGUUGCGUUUUUGGAUUAAUAUUUUUGUUACGACAACAUACAUGAGCAUGGAUAUAUCAUGAUUAAAUAUUGUGUAAGUGUAUUAAAUUGACGUUACCAUCAUAUUGUUGAUGGUUUCUUGAUUUGAAG